GUAACAGGAGCUCUGGACCUCUGGACAAACAGUAAGCUGACGGCACUUCUGGAUGCCAAGGAGUUUAUCUAAACUUACUAAAUGUGUCUGAUGUUUCAACAAACUGGAUUAAAUCAAGGUCUAGACGCGGAGCUUUUUACGAGCCAUGAUGUCCACAAGGAGAAGAAGAAUCAAGCCUGUAGAUGAUGCAAUGACAUAUAUUCUGUCUUGCACUGACAAGUCUGGAUUUAUGUCAAGACUCGUCGACAGUUACAAAGGAAGAGGAGUGUUUGCCAUGCAGCCCAUUGAACCAGGGGACUUUGUACAUCAGAUGUUCCACAAGGAAUCAAAGCCAGAUGAGACUCAACCACAGGUGACAGACCCUCAGACUCCUGCAGUAGAGACAGAGACCAGCCCUGUACAUCAGAUGUUCCACAAGGAAUCAAAGCCAGAUGAGACUCAACCACAGGUGACAGACCCUCAGACUCCUGCAGUAGAGACAGAGACCAGCCCUGUACAUCAGAUGUUCCACAAGGAAUCAAAGCCAGAUGAGACUCAACCACAGGUGACAGACCCUCAGACUCCUGCAGUAGAGACAGAGACCAGCCCUGUACAUCAGAUGCUCCACAAGGAAUCAAAGCCAGAUGAGACUCAACCACAGGUUUUUACUGUCCAAGGGUUUUCGCUCGUUGAUUAUUCAGAAAGUGAUGAAACUGAUGAGGACUUUAUGGAGAACAAAAGUCCCACUCCACACCGUGAUGUUCUCAGGAAGAUAACAGAAAACACUCUGAUGGAUAGUGGACCAGAGGUUUCUAAUCAUUCGUACGGUUCAGAAAGUGUUGUGAACGAAACCUGCGAUGAGGCUUCUCCAAGCAACCAUUCCAACGAGCAAUCAGAUAAUGUACUUGUUCCAUCACUGAGACGCACAAAAAGUCUCAUGUGGGAUAGAGUACAAGAUUUUGCUGGGUGUCUCUACGAUUCAGAUGACGACAGCACAGAGGGCACUUCCAUUUCUAAGCCUGAAAGGGAUUCACAGAGGCUGAGAAGAAGCUCUUGCCACCCUACGUCAGUCUACCAGGAGAACAGAGGUCAGAAGAUGAGGAGAGCAUGUCAUCCCUGCAAGAAUGUACCUCCACAUCACAUGUCCAAAGCCAGGCAGCGUCUUCAACAGAUGUCAGUAUGCCAGAACAACAGUGGUCAGAAGAUGAGGUCAGCAUGUCAUCCCUGCAAGGAUGUACCUCCACAUCACAAGUCCAAAAAAAGAGUGUGUCCACAAGAAAGAGAGGUAAGCAAGCUGCUGUACAGCGUUGGACAACAGAGGAGAUUGCUGCAGUAGAAAAACAUCUGAAGAAGUUCAUUGUGAGGCAAGAUGAUCCAGGUAAAGCGACUUGUGAGCGCUGCAUUUCUGUAGUACCGCAAGCGCUGCAAAAAAGAGACUGGAAAGCAGUCAAGUAUUUCAUCAAAAAUAGAAUAACUGCCAUGAGAAGAAAAUUGUAAUGAAAGCAGUUCGCUGAUCGGGAGUAUGGAGACAUGUUUUCAGUUUGCCCUCCAACACUUUUUUGUUCAAGGUCUGUUUUGUUGUAUUGUUUCCACCUGUCUCUAUAACGCAUUAUAAAUAUAUUUAUAAUGACCUUAUAGCACUGUACACAUAUAGUUAUAAACGCUCAUCAAUUAUUAUAAU